AAAGACGGAGACGACUUGUACGCAAAAAAUGAAAUCUUUUCCACCAGAAUUACAUCGUCCAGGGCAAGUUUCCGAACUUGUAGUCGGAAUUCAUCGGCUAAUAACGGGAAUGCACCGCUCCAUUAUCGGAAUUAUUCGGCGAAUAAUCGGAAUCAUAAUCGUCCACCCUCGGUAGGGAGUCGACAUUCAUCGGCACAUGGUCGGAAUUCAUCGGCACACAGUCGGAGUUUACCGUCGGAAAUUUCUCAUCUGGGAAAUCGUCGUAACAAAUCGUGGGUGUACCAACCGAUGCCCAUCCACCCAGAAAGACAAAGUAUAUAUACAUUGGUAGUCCCCCCCGUCCAUGUAGCUGAGGAGUCGAAGAAACGACUGAAGAAGCGGAAGCGUCAGGGGGGUGGGGGACGGCACGUGGCAUGGAUGGACAAUCGUGAACAUGUAUUGAGGUUUCAAGGGAUACCAAGGGAUUUUUAUGUGCAUGAUAAGAAAGACAAAAAUACAGAGAAUGAUAUGGACAAGUUAAAACACUGUAGAUAUCUGCGCUAAUAUAUAGUGGACCCCAUAGAUCAUUAUGUGACACUGAAUGAUAUGUGGGUUUCACUAUUAAGCACUGUCCAGCAGAUGGCGGUCAACUGGAUUUGGAGGCAAAUAAACAGAAUUGAGAAAUGAUUCACUAAUUCAUAUCUGUUACAAAUAUAUUACAUGCUUAGAAACUAACACAAUAAGUAUUAGAUAUAAUUUUGUAAAUAAUUGUAGUUUCUAAGCAUGUAAUAUUUUUGUAAGCACGAGGUUAAAUAAGAUUAAAUAAUAAGAAAAAUAUAUACACCUUACAUUAACGUAUUAAUCCUGACCAUUUUAUAAAUGAAAAAUAUAAUUAAAAAUACAAUUAUGUUGUAAUUUACACACGCUUGUAUAACUUGCAUACAAUUGUAAGACAUAUUGAAGUCUCUUGAUGUUGUAAUAAAUUGAUAUUUCAAACCCAGUACUCCAGUGUAGUAUAAGCAAAAUUCACUGUACACGGUGUUAAUAUUUUAUGUUAGAUGAAUGCUGCAUUUCAUGACGCAGUUCAAUAGCCGUUUUCACAUUACAAGACGGGCAAGUCGUCUAGACGAACAAAUCGUCUCAAAAUCGUCUCAAAAUCGUCUCAAAAUCGUCUUUUAGUCGGACAAAUCAUCAGAUGUGAAAACGUGUCGGACAAAAUAUUAGACGAACAAGUCGUCUGAAUUUGUUCGACUACUUGUCCGUCUGUGAUUUUUGAGAGACGAUUUGUUCGUCUAGACGACUUGUCCGUCUCUAAUGUGAAUAGGGCUAAUGGUGCCUCUAGGCUAAGGCUACCCCCCCCCUCCCAUACGCCCCAUGUCUGAUCAGACAGCACGGCUAAAGUGAAAGGGGUGUUUUUUUAAGUAUUUUCUUUCUUCAGAUGUUUAUCAAAGUCUGGCACAGGAAAAUACAAUACAACGUUACCAUGUCGCUGGGAUUAUGACGGGACGGGUGAACAAUACCAGAUCCUAGCUGGGCCAGUAUUUAUACUGGUCUACACCAUCACUGGUAUUCCACUGGGCUUUCUGGGUGGUGGUAACAAGCGGUGUAUGAUAUUAGCAUCUUGUCUCAUGUUAUGGAGUAUCAUGACUCUCUUAUCUGGCUUUGCAACCAAGUAUUGGCAUUUGGUGGUGACCAGGUUUAUACUUGGCAUGGCGUAAGAGACAUUUAUAUUAACAUUAGAUCUCUAAACAACUGAUAGAGCUAUCCAGUAUAAAUAGAGUUAGUUUAGUUUAGGUUUCCUCCUGUAGUAACACUGGAUCAAUAAGAGAUGAUCCUUACUGGACCUCUUGGAAGAACAGUUUAGAACUGGUAGAGCUAUCUCUCUCUAGCGUCAAUAAAUUUAAGCAAAUUGUGUUUCAACAAGUAUAAAUGGAUACAUUUUGUUUUUGUUUCUAGGGAGGCAGGCUGUACGCCGUUUGCAAGCAGUUUGAUCGCAGAUUAUUUUGACGAGGUAAAACUAUUUUAAAAGUAAAGUUAGGGGUUGUUGAUCAUCUUUACAUGAAGCUGUUAACUAAAUUACGACGGAUGCAGCCUUAGAAAUAAUAUAUCUCUAUUAUUUCUAUGGACGCAACUCCCAUGGGCAAGUCUAUCGCCCGUAUUCUAAAAGCUCACUCGCACUCAAUGAAUGGAAGUUCAAUCUGAGCUUCUCUCGGUGUCAUUGCUGUUUUUGAAUAGCUGAAGGGUUAGUGUCGUACCUUACUAUGUGACUACUCACGCUGCAGCAAUUCAAAAACAACAUUGACACUCAAGAGAAGCUCAGAUUGAACUUCCACUCAUUGAGUGUGAGGGAGCUUUUAGAAUACAGGCGUAAGUGUUACUAGACCGUACGUCUGGCUGUCACCUUACGACCCAUGUAUGACGACGGAGCAUUGUUAAGGUGGACUGGACAUGAAUCACGUGUUAAUCACUAUUGUCUUAUGUUUUCCAGACUCUUCGAGCCUCGGCCAUGGGUGUGUACAACUGGGGAAUCUAUAUCGGGUAUAGUUUAUCGUAUGCCCUGGGGAACUUUAUCGUAGACGCGAACAUUGAUGGCAAGGGCUGGCGUUGGGUGUAUUGGAUCGCAGCUAUCCCAGGAUUCAUUGUGGCUCCUAUGAUACUUUUCACGGUCAAAGAGCCUGUCGGGAAGGUUAAGAAAGAACGAACGUCCAUAAAUAUCACGGUCAGUGUUAUCAAGGCAUAUUGUAACAUAUACUAA